UUCUUUUUAUGAAUGGUACAGCUGGGCGCUUUUGCCGAGCUUGCGCCCCUUCUUCCUCUAUACCUAUAAAUAACCUUCCAGGAGAGCUCUGAUGGAAGAAGGCGAAAUCCAAGAAGCCCCGCCCGCAAUUUAAGCUGUCUUUCUCUCUACAAUGGCCUCAGUUUCCAUUACUUCGCUUGCUCUCCUACUUUCUCUUUCCAUCGCAGUGGCGAUCGCGGGUGGCAAUGGGCCGGAUAUGUCGAUCAUAACCUACGGGGAGCGCCAUGGAACACGGGAGCUCGAGCGGGGCGAAGAAGAUGUGCGGGAGCUCUACGAUAACUGGAUGGCGAGGCAUGGCCGGAUCUACAAUGAACUUGACGAGAAGGAGAGGCGUUUCGAGAUCUUCAAGGACAAUCUCCUCUACAUCGACGAGCAUAACGCCGGCGUUCAUUCCUUCCGCCUCGGUCUCAACCGAUUCGCCGAUCUCACCAACGAUGAGUACCGUUCUUUAUAUCUUGGCUUCCGUCGCUCUCCUCACCCCCAGUACCCAAGCGAUCGCUACCGCCUCGCUGCUGGCGAUGGUCUCCCUGAUUCCGUCGACUGGAGGGCAAAGGGCGCCGUUGUCCCUGUCAAGGAUCAAGGGACCUGCGGGAGUUGCUGGGCUUUUUCGAGCAUUGCUGCCGUGGAAGGGAUCAACCAGAUUGUGACUGGCAAGCUCGUAUCGCUAUCAGAGCAAGAGCUAGUGGAUUGUGAUACCGCCAGAAACCAAGGAUGUAAUGGUGGUCUUAUGGACGACGCCUUUCAAUUCAUCAUCAAUAAUGGGGGCAUUGACUCGGAGGAAGACUAUCCUUAUAAAGGCCAUGGUGGCAAAUGCGAUGCUUACAGAAAAAAUGCUCGGGUUGUUUCUAUUGAUUCGUAUGAAGAUGUUCCGGUAAACGACGAGAAGGCUCUACAGAAGGCGAUUGCAAAUCAGCCCGUCAGCGUCGCCAUAGAAGCCGCUGGAAGGGCUUUCCAGUUGUAUGAAUCGGGCAUAUUCAGCGCCAACUGUGGGACCGAGUUAGACCACGGCGUUCUCGCUGUUGGCUAUGGCACUGCAAAUGGAAGAGACUACUGGAUUGUUAAAAACUCCUGGGGUGAAGACUGGGGAGAGGAAGGCUUUGUAAGGAUAGAGCGCAAUGUGAAGGCAGCAAGCGGCAAAUGCGGAAUUGCGAUGCAAGCUUCUUAUCCAGUCAAACAUAGUUCAAACCCGCCAAAACCCAGCCCAAGCCCAAGGCCAAGACCACCUGCUCCCGUAAAACCCCCCACAGAAUGUGAUAAAUAUUACUCCUGUCCUGCUAGCACCACAUGCUGCUGUGUAUAUGAGUAUGGCAAGCUCUGCUUUGCAUGGGGAUGUUGUCCCGUUGAUGGCGCUACCUGCUGUGAAGAUCACAACAGCUGCUGCCCUCCAGAUUACCCUCUGUGUGAUGUUCAUUCUGGAACUUGCCUUAUGGCCAAGAACAACCCGCUGGGGGUGAAGGCUUCGCGGCGCAUUCCUGCGAUUCCUUCUUGGGUUUACUAAUGAAUAGAAGAGACGUGUUGCUGAAUGUGGCCAUUAAACGUCUCAAAUCUCAAUACCUUCUUCAUCUCUGCUGUUUGAAGUAUCGCUUCCAUAUUUAAGGAUGAUUAAAAGAAUAUCUUGUACAUAAUUUAAGAUAUCAUUGGAAGGCAGAAGCAUUUAUAUAAUGUAUAUUAUUAUGUCACUUGUUUUACUUAUCUGAUGUAUUCUCUUUACAAGGAGAAAUAAUCACUUGAAAAAAAAAAAAAAAAUCUUGUGCAUGGUAGUUUCUGUUCAUAGAGAGGGUGGAGCUCAAAUGGUUGUAAUAAUGAUAAAUAAUUGAAUAAGAGAAAAAAAUUUAAAGUGA